AUGGCCCCCCGACAGAAACGCGAAAAGGCGCCGUGCUACGUCCUCGGCGUCGGCAUGACAAAGUUCAUCAAGCCCCGCGGCAAGGUCGACUACACGGAGCUGGGCUUCGAGGCCGGCGUCAAGGCCAUGCUCGACGCCCAGAUCAACUACGACGACGUCGACCAGGGCGUCGCCUGCUACUGCUACGGCGACAGCACCUGCGGCCAGCGCGUCUUCUACCAGUUCGGCAUGACCUCCAUCCCCAUCUACAACGUCAACAACAACUGCUCCACCGGCAGCACCGGCCUCGCCAUGGCCCGCACCUUCGUCUCCUCCGGCGCCGCCGACUGCGUCCUCGUCGUCGGCUUCGAGAAGAUGAUGCCCGGCAGCCUGCAGAGCUUCUUCAACGACCGCGAGAACCCCACCGGCACCUCCGUCAAGAUGAUGGCCGAGACCCGCGGCAUCACGAACUCCCCCGGCGCCGCCCAGAUGUUCGGCAACGCCGGCCGCGAGUACAUGGAGAAGCACGGCGCCAAGCCCGAGGACUUUGCCGAGAUCGCCCGCAUCAACCACGAGCACUCCACCCGCAACCCCUACUCCCAGUUCCAGGACGUCUACACCCAGGAGCAGAUCCUCAAGGCCCCCGAGAUCUUCGCGCCCCUCACCAAGCUGCAGUGCUGCCCGACCUCCGACGGCGGCGCCGCGGCCGUCCUCGUCUCCCAGGCUUUUCUUGAUGAGCGCCCCCACCUCAAGGACCAGGCCGUCCUCGUCGCGGGCCAGUGUCUCGCCACCGACGCCCCCUCGCUCUUCUCCCGCUCCGCCAUCGACCUCAUGGGCUUCGAGAUGACGCAGCACGCCGUCAAGGCCGCCCUGACCGAGGCCGGCGUUACGCAGAACGACGUCCAGGUCGUCGAGCUGCACGACUGCUUCUCCGCUAACGAGAUGAUCGUCCUCGACUCGCUCGGUCUCGCGCAGCCCGGCAAGGCGCACGAGCUGGUCCGCCGCGGGGAUAUCACGUACGGCGGCAAGUACGUCGUCAACCCGUCCGGCGGGCUCAUCUCCAAGGGCCACCCGCUCGGCGCGACGGGCAUCGCGCAGUGCGCCGAGCUGGUGUGGCACCUGCGCGGGUGGGCGAACAACCGCGCCGUGCCGCGGACCAAGGCGGCGCUGCAGCACAAUCUUGGAUUGGGCGGCGCCGUCGUCGUGACGGUCUACAAGCGCGCCGACGGCAAGGAGGCGCCAAAGGUCGAUUCGGCCACCGUGGGGAAGGUGAACAAGCUCGGGUACAACCCGGCCGUGGAGGCCAAGGGGUUCACGGCGCAGCAGGCGGCGAGCGUGAGGAGCAGGACCAAGAAGAGCGACUGGGCGCUGCAGGACACCGAGGAGAAGGUCGAGGCUAGGUUUUAG